UGUGAGAUUCUGGAGCAGCAGAGGGAUGAGGCCAAUCAGAAGCUGCCUGAGAUAGAGGAAGGUGAGCUGCACCAAUCAACAUCCUUGAUUACAUGGUGGGAGCUCAGAUUUCCAAUGAAGCUUCCAUUAUGGGAAUAAAUGUGCACAUAUUGUAGGAGUCUAUUCAUUCAGCGACUCUCUCUCUCUCUCACACUACCUUUCUCUCUCUCCAUCUCUCUCCUCAGUGUCCUCUCAGCUGUUGAAGGAGAUGGAUGUUGUAGAGCUGCAGUUCCAGAUCGAAUGCUCAUGCAGAGAGAGUGCAGAGGCCCUCACUGUCAAGUUGGGGUGUAUUAUGGUUACUGUAGUUCAUCAUGCGACAGCGUUGGAACUCCAAAGAAUGUCUCAAUGUCAUCCACUAAACCAGUCAGUGUCCCAUUUGGGUGUGCACGUUUUGUGCCAGCCCAGUACUAACACAGACAAAUCAGCUAAUCAUUCAAUGAUUAGUUCAUAAGUUGAAUCACUACUAGGCGGGAACAAAAGCCUGCACGCCCUGUGGAAUAAGGAACACUGCUCUUAACAGAUAUAUUUAUCCAUGAACACAAAGGUGACCAAAGAGAACAAGGUUCUGAAGAGGAGAAGCCAGGCUCUGCUGCCACUCAUCUCUGAGCUUCCUAAAAACAUGGCCACCAUGACCUUUAACCUGGAGUCUGACCAGGGGAUGGACCCCAUACUGAAGAAACUGUCCAAGCAGAACAAGAACAUGAAUAAGAUGAAGAGA